UCCCUGGUUGGUUUACGCGCCUUGCGUGGUGACGCAGGCGAGAGAGUGGGGUUUCCCAGAGCGAAACGCAGGGUUACCGCGCCCAUCUCUGCCGUUUGAUGGCCGGAGGAAGCGCCUGAGAGACCGCGGCGAGGAGAAAGAAAGAAAGAAAGAGCAGGAGUGCAAACGAACAGCGGGACAGAAAGAAAGGGAGGCUACGAUAGGGACCGGAGUAAACCAUUUUGAUUUAAGUCAACGUCAAAAAAAAGACGAGUUGUUUGCUGCUGAGUUAAUUUGUUGUGUGAGAAACGUACCGCUGUCUUCGCUCCCGUGGUGUGCCGGUGUGUUCCCCCCCGUUUGGCGUAUCAAAAGCUGGGUGCGGGGAGUGGCGCUCCUCGGUAUAGCUCGUUAGCUCGACGGAGAGAACGGGGGAACUCUUUAUCUUUGCUGUUUCCGGUCAAUGCGAUAUAAACAACGGAUUCCCACGACUGAGAACGGAUCAGUAAGUGACCCAGCGCGAGGCAGGAGAGAAGCAUACCAUAUAGAAGAGGAAAAUGAGCGAACUCGACCAGCUACGUCAGGAGGCUGAGCAGCUGAAGAACCAGAUCAGAGAUGCAAGGAAAGCAUGUGCAGAUGCUACCCUGUCUCAGAUUACAGCCAACAUCGACCCAGUUGGGCGAAUUCAGAUGCGUACCAGGCGGACACUGAGAGGUCACCUGGCUAAAAUCUAUGCCAUGCACUGGGGCACUGACUCACGGCUCCUUGUCAGUGCUUCCCAGGAUGGUAAGCUUAUCAUUUGGGACAGCUAUACAACAAACAAGGUGCAUGCCAUCCCAUUGCGCUCCUCAUGGGUCAUGACGUGUGCAUACGCUCCGUCUGGCAACUACGUGGCUUGCGGUGGCCUGGACAACAUCUGCUCCAUCUACAAUCUGAAGACGCGUGAGGGCAAUGUCCGUGUGAGCCGUGAGCUGGCUGGCCAUACAGGUUACCUCUCCUGCUGUCGUUUCCUGGACGACAACCAGAUUGUCACUAGCUCAGGCGACACCACCUGCGCUCUUUGGGACAUUGAGACGGGACAGCAGACGACCACGUUUGCAGGUCACACUGGGGAUGUGAUGUCUUUGUCUCUGGCCCCGGAUACACGCUUGUUUGUCUCUGGUGCCUGUGACGCCUCUGCUAAGCUUUGGGAUGUUAGAGAGGGCAUGUGCAGACAGACCUUCACUGGCCAUGAGUCCGACAUCAAUGCCAUCUGUUUCUUCCCCAAUGGGAAUGCGUUUGCCACGGGCUCGGACGAUGCCACCUGCAGGCUCUUUGACCUGCGUGCCGACCAGGAGUUGAUGGUGUACUCGCAUGACAACAUCAUUUGCGGCAUUACCUCGGUGGCCUUUUCCAAAAGCGGUCGCUUGCUGCUUGCUGGCUACGAUGACUUCAACUGCAAUGUGUGGGACACCCUCAAAGCCGAUCGUGCAGGUGUCCUGGCAGGCCAUGAUAACCGUGUUAGCUGCUUGGGUGUUACUGAUGAUGGAAUGGCAGUGGCCACAGGCUCUUGGGACAGUUUCCUUAAGAUCUGGAAUUAAAGCUGCAAGAUGGCAUCCGGACUCCAAAGUUGACUGGAAGACCAUUCCAACACAAUGUUAAAUUUUAUUGCAUAUCCAAUCUUCUUAAACGCAACACAACUGACCCCCGUUAUCUGAGGAAACAACAGGGCAAAAAUGAUUCUCCUUCCCAUAAAAAGAGCACAAUUAUUUCAUUCAGUACAUCACAUGGAAAUCAGCGGGGUCAAAAUUAAAUGGUGGGUGGGAGAGGGCCAAAAGUAACUGUGCAUUCCUACCGGGACCAUUUUCCAAGCGCUCAUCACAUUUCCACCAACAUUAUCAGAAAACAUAACCGAAAAAAAAAGGCAGCAGUUGUUUUCCCUUUAAAUUUUUUUUUUUUUUUUUUUUUUUUUUUU